AUGGUACAAAGAAAGUGCCCACAGUCAUAUAUGGACGACAGGAUCAGUCAAUUACCUGAUGACUUGCUCUUGAAGGUACUAUCGUUUCUUCCAACGAAAGUUGCCGUAAGCACAAGUAUUUUAUCUAAGCGAUGGGAGUUUCUUUGGAUGUGGUUGCCUAAACUUGAGUACGAUGAUAGCGAAUACUCAGAGGAAGAACGCUACAAAUUACACUCCUUUAUCGAUUUCAGUCUGCCAUUACAUAAAGCUCCAGUCAUAGAAAGCUUACGUCUCAACUUUGACGUAUGCAACAGAUUUGAUCCAAUCUACAGUGACGAUAUCGAGAAGUGGGUUUUAACUGCAGUGUCUAGAUGCGUCCAUGAGUUAAGUGUCACACUUGCAUCUAUGCAUUAUGAAUUAGCUGGAUUACCGAGUAGUUUGUUUACCUGUAAAUCGCUGGUGAUCUUGGAACUUACGGGCAAGAUUUUCGUGAAUUUUCCUCGUAUGGUUUUUCUCCCCUCCCUUAAAUUUUUGAUCCUUCGACGUAUGUUCUACUCAAAUGCAAAAUCUCUUCACCAACUUCUUAUUUCUCACUGCCCUGUUCUUGAGGAUCUAGUUGUGGAACAUAAUAAGGAUGACAAUAAUACGCCGUUUACAUUGAGUGUAAUUGUCCCGUCCCUGCAGACACUAACCCUAAAGAUAUCUAGAGGAUCUGAUCAUUCUGAAGGGCUUGUGAUAAACACUCCUUCUUUGAAGUAUUUCAAUAUUCUGUAUUAUGUAGAAGAAUAUGCACGUGAUGAUGAUAGUAAUUACUCCUACUAUCUUGAAGAUACGCCUAAGUUGGAGGAGGCAGAUAUUGAAUCGACAUACCCUGAUAUCAACAAGUUUGUUAGAUCAAUCAGAGCUGUCAAGAGGCUUUCAUUAUGCAUUAGAGUCAAUACUGAAGAGGCUUUAUAUCAUGAGGGUAUUGUCUUUGACCAGCUUCAGCAUCUAAAGCUAUGUUCAUGUGGUUCAAAUUGGUCAAAAGUACUUGUCCGGUUACUCAAAGAUUCUCCUUUGUUACGAGACCUUGAGGUAUAUCUGAAUGACGAUCAUACAUAUUCUAGAGUGGAUGCACCAGUUUCCUGGCAGAAUCAACUGGAUUGUGUUCCUACAUGUUUAUUAGCAAGUCUUGAAACUUUCAAGUGGACAGUGGUGUAUGGAUCACAUGAAGAGAUAGAUCUGGUGAAAUAUAUCUUGAGAAAUGCUCGCUGCUUAAAGGCUGCUAAAAUCUUGUUUCGGCCACCGUUUUGUCAACAAGAAGAGGAUAAACUUGAGAUGGCGAAACAAGAUUUGUCACUUUCUUUUAGAGGAAAACAUAUGUUCAGAGGGAAUGAGAGCAACAAUGGUUACUAUGGACCUCAACAGAACGUUCAAGGAUUUGGACAACUGGAUUAUAUAGCACCAGUGCAGGAUAGCUUCUUCACAAACCAGCAAGCCAUUCCCGUGCUGGGUCAAAUCGAUUUCAGGCCUCCUCCCAACUUCACUUACAGUCUACAGGUUUCAUCAAGCAGCUAUAGUAACAUGUCUGGAUUGUUUAGGAGAUUAAGUUUUGUCUCACGAAGCAAUUUGGUAAAAGCUAUUCCAAACAUGAGAAAACAACACAGAUCUUCCAUUAGAGCUGAGUUGCAAUUGAUAAGAACAUGA